AUGCGUAGUGGCAAGGAGGAUCUCGUUAAAUUUCGUAUAAAGCACGGAGCUGAUGCGGAGAUGGAGAAUGGAGAUGGACAUCCACGUUUACAUCUUGCUGCAUCGCUGGGACAUCUGGAAGCAAUCAGAACUAUACUAAGGCAUGGAGAAAAUGUGAACAAAGUGGCCCGGAAAGGCUACAUUGCUUUACACAUUGCUGCUAACAAUGGUCAUGUUGACGUCAUCAAAUAUCUGAUCAGUCAAGGAGCUGAGGUUAAUAAGAGAGAUAAUGAUGGUCAGACUGCUCUACACAUUGCUGCUAACAAUGGUCAUGUUGACGUCAUCAAAUAUCUGAUCAGUCAAGGAGCUGAGGUUUAUAAGGGAGAUAUUGAUGGUUGGACUGCAUUACACGGUGCUGCUAAGAAUGGCCAUCUUGCCGUCGUCAAACAUCUGAUCAGUCAAGGAACAGUUACUGAGGUUUAUAAGGGAGAUAAUGAUGGUUGGACUGCAUUACACAGGGCUGCUAUGGAUGGCCAUCUUGACAUCAUCAGAUAUCUGAUCAGUCAAGGAGCUGAGGUUAAUAAGGGAGAUAAUGAUGGUUGGACUGCAUUACACAGUGCUGCUAACAAUGGUCAUUUUGACGUCAUCAAAUAUCUGAUCAGUCAAGGAGCUGAGGUUAAUAAGGGAGAUAAUGAUGGUUGGACUGCAUUACACAGGGCUGCUAUGGAUGACCAUCUUGACAUCAUCAGAUAUCUCAUCAGUCAAGGAGCUGAGGUUAAUAAGGGAGAUAAUGAUGGUUGGACUGCAUUACACAGUGCUGCUAACAAUGGUCAUGUUGACGUCAUCAAAUAUCUGAUCAGUCAAGGAGCUGAGGUUAAUAAGGGAGAUAAUGAUGGUUGGACUGCAUUACACAGUGCUGCUAACAAUGGUCAUGUUGACGUCAUCAAAUAUCUGAUCAGUCAAGGAGCUGAGGUUAAUAAGGGAGAUAAUGAUGGUUGGACUGCAUUACACAGGGCUGCUAUGGAUGGCCAUCUUGACAUCAUCAGAUAUCUGAUCAGUCAAGGAGCUGAGGUUAAUAAGGGAGAUAAUGAUGGUUGGACUGCAUUACACAGUGCUGCUAACAAUGGUCAUUUUGACGUCAUCAAAUAUCUGAUCAGUCAAGGAGCUGAGGUUAAUAAGGGAGAUAAUGAUGGUUGGACUGCAUUACACAGGGCUGCUAUGGAUGACCAUCUUGACAUCAUCAGAUAUCUGAUCAGUCAAGGAGCUGAGGUUAAUAAGGGAGAUAAAGAUGGUUGGACUGCAUUACACAGUCCUGCUAACAGUGGUCAUGUUGACGUCAUCAGAUAUCUGAUCAGUCAAGGAGCUGAGGUUAAUAAGGGAGAUAAUGAUGGUUGGACUGCAUUACACAGUGCUGCUAACAAUGGCCAUUUGGACGUCAUCAAAUAUCUGAUCAACCAAGGAGCUGAUGUUAAUAGGAGUGAUAAAGGUGGACAGACUGCAUUACACGGUGUUGCUAACAAUGGUCAUGUUGGCGUCAUCAAAUAUCUGAUCAGUCAAGGAGCUGAGGUUUAUAAGGGAGAUAAUGAUGGUUGGACUGCAUUACACGGUGCUGCUAAGGAUGGCCAUCUUGACGUCAUCAAAUAUCUGAUCAACCAAGGAGCUGAUGUUAAUAGGAGUGAUAAAGGUGGACAGACUGCACUACACAUUGCUGCUAAGAAUGGUCAUCUUGACGUCAUCAUGUAUUUGAUCAGCCAAGGAGCUGAGAUCAAUGGGGGUAAUAAAGAUGGUCAGACUGCUCUACACAUCGCUGCUAAGAAUAGUUACAUUGACAUUCUGAAGGUCCUACUUCCAAACGGAGCACGAUCUGACACGGAAGACAAAGCAGGCAACAUACCGAUCCACUAUGCAAGAGAUGAAUCAGUCAGACAGAUGAUUUUUCCAAGGAUUGAUACGAAUAAAAUAAAGACAGCCGGCGUCGAUACCGCAAACACUUGCGACAUAAACAUCCAGGUCGCAAAAGCUGAUGGUAAACUCAGGUCUACUCACAAAAAAGGUGAUGAAAAUGAAGAAACUAAAGUGAUCGUUCUGUGA